GUACGACGUGAGCGGGCGUUGGUUUGUGCAGUGAAGAAAAGAGUAGGUAUACAUGUUGCUGAGCAUUAAGCUUAUGUUUUCAAGGGGGAAAGUAUUGAAUUAAUCAGACAUGUCAAGAAAGAAGUAAGCACGGGAUGCUAUACUCUCUUUCUCUUCCUCUGUCGGAUCAGCUGCAGAUACGUACAGACUACACAAGGCAACUAAGAAGAUCAAAUGGAGGAAUUUUACAGACACAUAGGCUCCGCUGGGUUCUAUAGUUCCUCUGGCGUUGACUCCAUGCGGGAUAGGGGGGCCUCCCAGCUCACCUUGGAUUUACAGCAGCCCUCACUGAAACAGAGAGAGGAAGAGCUGGAGUCUCUGGCAGUGCAGCUUUUGGAAACACUGGUUCUUUUAAGUGAAGAGGAGUUCAGGAAAUUCUUUUGGUUUCUUCAUAACAUUUGCCACCACAGGCACCACUCAGACAACUCAUGGAUGUGGCAGGAGAUGACAAACAGACAAGACAUGGUGUUCUUCAUGUUGCUAAUGUAUGGCAAACUUACUUUGGGGAUGACAAAAGAGGCUUUAACGGAGAUAAAGAGGACUGAUCUGGUGCAGAGAUUGUCAGACAUGGUAUUAAGAACAACAGGACAGCACUACGCAGAUGAACACCUGUCUGCAAUAAUUCACAAAGUGUCAAUGAUGAUGGCUGUUAAAGAGUUGCUUUUGGAAUCACUCUGCAAGUUGAGCUGUGAAGAGCUAAACAAAUUCAGGUGGUUGCUGCCGUUCACAGUUUUUCAGUGGGGCCUUCCCAGCAUCUCAUGGGGGCCACUGCAGGAGGCAGACACUGCACACUCGCUGGGGGAUCUGAUGGUGGAGACAUUUGGACGCCAGGCUGUAGAGCUGGUCAAGGAGGUGUACAUGGACAUGGAAAGGACUGAUCUUGUGCUGAUGCUUUUUGAGGUCAGCUCAGGACCCAAAGAGGAGCAAUUCAUGGCUGAAAAUGUGUCAGGACUGAUCCAGGAAGUGAAAACGAUGGAGAAUGUUAUAAAGUUGCUGUUGGAAACACUGGAGGAUUUGAGUGAUCAGGAGCUCAAGUACUUCAAUAAAUUCCUUGACAACCAAAUAAACUUUAACACGCCUUACCAAGACAUCCCAUGGCUGCUCCUGGAGACCACUGACUGUCAGAACACAGUGUUUUUAAUGGUCCUGACCUAUAACCAACAGUCUCUCAAGACUGCCACUGAGAUUUUGAAGAAUAUGAAGAGAAGGGAUCUAAUGCAGAGGAUGUCAAACACUGGCUCAGGACUCAAAAGUAAGAAGAAAAUAGUAUUUUUAAAAAUCCAAAAAGAGCAACACUCUGCGCUGAUCCACAAAGUAGCAACAAUGGUAGCUGCUAAUCAGCUGCUUUUGAAAAUCCUGCAUUGUUUGAAUGACUUGGAGCUGGAGAAAUUCAUGGAGUUCCUGCAGUUGAUUGUCUCCCAGAAGGACCUUGCAGACAUCUCAUAUAUGUGCAGUUACACAGAAGACAAAGCAAAAAUGGUAGAUUUGAUGGUUCGCACCUAUGGCAGUCGGUCUGUGGAGCUUACCAGAGAUGUUUUAAUGAAGAUGAAGAGGACUGAUCUGAUGCAGAUGCUGUCAGACACCUGCUCAGUGACCAAAGAGAAAGAAUCCAUGGAUGAUCUCCAGCCUAAACAGUCCAAGAAAGAACCUACCAAAUCUGCAACAAAACAGGUUCUCCUGAAGACACUGGAGGAUUUGAGUUACAGCAAACUUGAGAAAUUCAAGUGGAUGCUACAGGUUGCAUACUUCCACAAGAGCCUUCCACAAAUCCCCUGGAGCCAAAUGAAGCACGCCAAAAAGCCACAUGUCCUGGUGGAUCUCUUGGUGAGGAAACAGCAGUCAGUGGAAGUGGCCAAAGAAGUUUUAAAGGACAUUCAAAGGAGUGAUCUGGUUGAGAGGCUUUCAGGGUCCAGCUCAAAACACAAAGAUCUUAUGAGAAGUUUGGAGUUUUGGGGUCAAGGAAGCAUCAUGCAUGACUCUAGUGUCUGGAAUAAACUUGAACCCCAAGUACAAAUUACAGAUACUGAGGAAACUCCAACAUACAGCCUACAGUCUAAAGCAGUGAACUGCUUUGAAUGCAGUGUCUCUGGCCUACGCUGGGUUUGUAAGGACAAGGUUAGCUUUCAGUACCAGUUUUGCUCCUGGGGAGGACACAUGGAAAGGAUGGAAAGUAUGGAAUACCUCCCAGCAGGUCCUCUAAUGGACAUCAGAGUUGCUGCUGGAAAAUUUGAUGAAGUGUACCUGCCACACUGGAUCUGCACUGAUGGAGAUUCUAACAUAACAAAAGAAUUUGCAGUCCUUCACAUAGAUGACUGUGGAGAUUUCGUGGAAAAAGUGUCAGCAGUUACACCAUCCCAUGUCAAGUUAUCCGAACCAGUUUUCACAACAAGAGGGGUACUGAUGAAAGUUGGCUUUCCUGUGAAAAUAAGCUGCAAUGUGUUGAUAUACUAUAAACCCAACACACCAUUCCUCAAACUGCAUGUGUACCUUAUCCCCUGUGAUCCUGCUCUAAAAAAGACUGUGGACACAAAAGAACUCUCGAAUGGAUAUGAAAUAAUCCAAAAACCACGCCCAGACAAUCACCUGAAAAUGCUGCAAGGUUUUAGCCUCACAGCAGAUAUAGACUCAGCAAGGAUUUUCCCAGAGAAAGUUACCCUCAGAUAUGACAGCCAAGACCCGAACUUCUACGAAGUGUUCAUAGAGAAUCCAGACAGAAGCUUCCACCUCACUCUCUCCCAGACAACUAAGGUGGAGACACAGUGCAAGCCAGUCUGGACCUGUGAAAUUCGAAAUGAUGACUAUCAGAACCCUACCUCAGAAGACAAACACCUCGUGGAUCUUCAGCUCUCUUCACUGUUGCAGAAGGCAGCAACCAUCACCACAGACAGAGAGAUACUUUUAAAAACUCUGGAGGAGUUGAACCAGGAAGACUUCGAGAAGUUCAAGUGGUUCCUUCAGGAUAAAGGCGUCCUCGCUGGCCUCCCAUGCAUCUCGACGGGUGAACUUGAGAACAAAAACAGGUUGGAACUGGUGGAUCUGAUGUUGCGCAUCUACAGCCAACAAUGUACAGACUUGACCAAAGAAGUUCUCAGAAGAAUAAACAGGAAUGACCUGGUGCAGAUGUUGUGAGAAAUCUGAAUCCAAAGGGAAGUUGGGCCGGCCACACACUGGGCGAUUUUAAAAUCUUAACCAAUUUUGAAAACGUGAAAGACCAAAGACAUGAUGACAAUUUCAAGCGAUUUUUCAUCUUUAAUCCUCAGAACGCACACCUGCUAGCCGACCUUUUAAGGAACCUGGUGUGAUCUCAUGACUUCAUAAAAAAAAUCAAACAAACAUGGAUUUCUGUUGAUUCCUUCUUGCUGUCCCUCUACAACAGGCUAUGCUGGCAUGCGUUACAGGUGCAGCAGAAAUCAUAAAACAAUGAAAAGAAUCAGGAUGGAAUCCUGGCUGGAAUGAAGGUACAGUUGUUUUUAUGGUUUGAUCCGACUGCUAACGCUACUCACUCACUCUCAUUGGUCACUGGUCAUUGGUACUCCGUUGGAGGCACUUAAACCUAGAAUCAUGAAUAACAAACGUGUUUGAUAUUUUUGAUUCACAGUCUGGGAGGCUAUGCAACGAUUUGGAGCAGUAAAAUAAUUGUAUUGACACCACACACACAAGGAUUAUUCAGACAAAUAAUUGUUUGCAACGACAAAUCGGGGGGGGGGGAGACAAAUCUGGCCUCGAAUAGGGCUUAAAAUCUUGCCGUGUGUGCCCAUCCUUAGGAAACAAGCAGCUAAAAACCAUUCAAAGCUGACAUUUCAGAAAUCAAGAAUUCACGUUAGACUAGUCAAACUUUUGACAGCAAAAAUGGUAUAGAGAGAAGUUUUAUGGUGUGCCACUGCCGGAUUCAUGCUAAAAAAGACUUGAAGAUGCUUGAGAAGCUUUAAAUAUGAAAUGUUGACGAGUAAAUUUUAGGGCAGAUGUGUUAUUUUUAUUUUGAAUCAUAGAAAAAGAAAAGAAAACUAAAUAAGAACAGAGGCAUUAUUUUUCUUACAUAUGUGCAUUUCCAGUAUUUUAAAUAUAUCUCCAUAAUAUACUGCACUUAAUAUGUUUACGUUUUAUGUUCAUGUGUGAAACUGAUUUUUUAUAUUUCAUGUUGUAGAUUUUUCUGCCACAAUGUAAAAAUGAAAAGGUGAUUUAUUUUGGUGUCCAUUUGAAAUGGAUUGAGAAGUGUUUUGACCACUAAUACAGGGAUUAUUAUUCUGUUUUUAUUCUUUCUGUGUUGUUUUCUUUGAGGCCAGGAAAAGUUAAAGCCUUCCAUUUUAGCCAGUUUGUUCAAUUUACACUUUAAUUUUUUUAUAUUGCCAUAUAUAUAAGUAUACUAAUAUGCUAUACUAAUAAAUUUGUUAAGCACUA